UUAUAACAUGAAAACACGCAUAAGGCAUUAAACUAUCCAUAACAGUGACUUUACCCUACAAAAGUUUAGCAUCAAAGCGCUAAAUCAGCUUAGACGUGUUGAUUGUAGCGCAGAGAAACAUGGCGGGUGUAGAAAAACUCCCAUGUGCUCACGAUAUAUCACAUUUUAGGAUUUUUUUUAGUUAAUUUGCUGUCUAACACACUCUCAAAGUACUCAGUCUCGUAUUUAAGCCAGUAUUAUUAAAGUGACGUGCUUGAACUCUGCGGUUGUUUACCACAGGCUUUGUUUUCUACGCGAUAAACUCCAGUCAGUUCGCUCGAAGCGCCUUUAUGCUAACGUUAGCCUGAUUUAGGAAAGCUGUGAUAGUUUUGUGAGUUUUAAUGUAAAUCAAGUAUAUGUCAAUCUAAAUCUGUGAACGAUGCUCUAAUGAUGAUCCUUCCUUAUGGGUUUAAUUACCAAACUCUGAACACUUUAACUUGAUGCUAAAAGUGCUAGCAAUAGAUAAACCGACACGAAAUAGACACCAAUAAAUGACCUAAUCUAUAGAAAACGAUGGUAAAAUUAAACCGUAUCACUUCGAAAUCGCAACUUCGGGAGUAUAAGGUUGUUGGGCGUCUCUUGCCCUCGGCUAAGAACCCGGCUCCUCCUCUGUACCGCAUGAGGAUCUUCGCCCCAAACCAUGUGGUGGCUAAGUCUCGCUUCUGGUACUUCGUCUCCCAGCUGAGGAAGAUGAAGAAAGCCUCUGGAGAGAUUGUCUACUGUGGCCUGGUCCAUGAGAAAUCGCCCCUCAAGGUGAAGAACUUUGGCAUCUGGCUGCGUUACGACUCUCGCAGUGGGACCCACAACAUGUACCGCGAGUACAGAGACCUGACCACGUCUGGAGCGGUCACUCAGUGCUAUCGUGAUAUGGGAGCCAGGCAUCGCGCUCGUGCCCACGCCAUCCAGAUCAUGAAGGUGCAGAUCAUCCCAGCCAACAAAUGCCGCAGACCCGCCAUCAAGCAGUUCCACGACUCCAAGAUCAAGUUCCCUCUUCCUCACAGGGUUCUGCGCCGCCAGCACAAGCCCCGAUUCACCACCAAGAGACCAAACACUUUCUUUUAAAGUGUAUGUUUGUGCUCUUACAUUACAGACUAAUAAAAGUGGAGAAAAUCAGAA